UAUAUAUAUGUUAUACGCGUGUGUGUGUGUAACAUAUCGUGUCUGCCAUUUUUUCGUGAGCCUUUUCCGGCUCUACUGCACGUUACAGUGCAAGUAAAACGAUCACGGCAUUCACCGUUUUUUUAUCGUACGGACGACCAGGGAUAACUCAAACUCACUCGGCCGUCGUUACAUCGUCGAGGGACGCUACCGCCAAUACUUGGAACCCGUGUUUGUACUGUUGUCCCACACGCAACACAACUGGACGCGUUCGAUUCGCUUAUUGCUGGCGAUGUCUUCGACCAAAGUCGAAUUAAUCGACGACGACGAUUCUGGCAGAUGAAAUUCAGUAAUCCGCAGCACUUAGGGAAUUUGAAGCAAAAAGACAACAAAAUACACUUUAAAAAUAAAAUAAUAUUGUUUGAUUCUACACUAUUUCAAUGUCUAACAACCAACAACACGAAGAAUAUACAAUUUUAACAUCAAGCUCAAACAACCGAGGUCAAAUGUCUCAACCUCAUCUUACAUUUACACCGCCCACUCAAGUGUUUCGAACAGAAUGGCAACGUUUUCCAGAAUUUCAUGCUUGGUUACGGCCAAUUGAUGGGGAUGUAACAAAAGCCUGGUGUAUUGCAUGUGAACGAAUGUUUCGUGCUGAUUUAAAGUCUUUACGAGUUCAUGGUGUAAGUAAAGCUCAUGUGCGUAUGGUGCGGGCUCGUUGUCCUAAUGCAGAUGAUAAUCCUGUACCACCUAUUGAGUAUAAUGUGGUGACUGACAAAAAAGGAACUUACGGCAUAGCUGUAGUAACUAAUAAGGAAGACAAAUCUUCACUCGGGUCAAGAGCAUUGUAUAUGAAUCAAACAAAUCCUACCGAAGAAAUAAUUACAUCUGAAAUGGCUGCACAAUCACAACGAGACAAAUAUGUUGUGGUAUCAUUACCCAAUGAAGAUGAUGAUGACAAUGAAGGUCCACAAGCUUCUAGCUCAAAUACACAAUACAUACAAAAAGAAGUGAAUGUAAUCGACGAGACUGGUAAUUUGGUGUCUGUGGUUACUGAACAUCAUGUACAAAAAAAUAAAGACAAUGAUGAUGACUAUGAAGUGGGCCUUCAAUCAAAUGACUAUCAUAGCACAUCUAAUUAUGAAAAAUUGGAUCAAAAACAUGAUGAAAUCCAAUGCAAAGCUAUUGUUUCCAAACCUGCGCCAUUUUGGAAAGCCACAGCUGUUGUUAAUGGUCAUGUGACAGAGUUAAAAUUAAGUGACUACAGUGGACGUUAUUUAGUCUUAUUUUUUUAUCCUCAAGAUUUUUCCCGUAUUUGUCCAAGUGAGCUGAUUGCUUUAAGUGAUAGAGUAUCUGAAUUCAGAGCACUAAAUACUGAAGUAGUGGCGUGUUCUGUGGAUUCAUAUCUUUCCCACCAAGCAUGGUCUCGUACAUUGCGCUCAGAUGGAGGCAUUGCCAUACCUAAAAUGCCGCUUUUAUCUGAUCCAACACAUGUCAUUAGUAAAAGUUAUGGAUGUUAUUUAUCAGAACUUGGCCAUUCUCUAAGAGCUCAUUAUAUAAUAGACAUGAGAGGUAUUUUAAGACAUGUGACAAUUAAUGAUCUACCUGUAGGACGAAAUAUCAGUGAAAUAUUACGACUUUUAGAAGCUUUUCAAUACACUGAUGAAACAGAAACAUUAUGUCCUGCUGAUUGGAAACCGGGCGAACCAACUAUAUCAUAAUUGUAUUAUUAAUAUUAUUAUUAUUAUUAUUACUACUGCUAAGCUAUUUUAAAUUUAUAUUAUUAUAGUU